AUGUUACCCCUAAAGAAGGUCAAAAACAGUGAAUGCCUUCAUCGUACUUUCAACGUCGAUCCAUUAUAUUUACAACAUGAAAAUUCGGGACUCGCUAUCGACUAUAUGCACUGGCAAAUACCAUUGAGUAAACGAUUUAGAGCGUUGAAACUGUGGUUUGUGAUUCGCUGUUUUGGAAUAAAAGGUCUUCAAAAACAUAUUAGAGGAGGUGUUCAGUUGGCAAACAAAUUUGAACUUCUUGUGUUGAAUGAUAAAAGAUUCGAAAUACCUGCAGCUAGACACUUAGGCUUGGUCGUUUUUCGUCUGCGUGGAGAAAAUCAUCUAACUGAAAGACUGUUAAAGCGCUUAAAUUCUAAAGGAAGAAUUCAUUGUGUUCCUGCAUCACUUAAAGGCAAAUAUGUUAUACGUUUCACUGUAACGUCACAAUAUACUACAAUUUCGGACAUCACAAGAGAUUGGGCUGAAAUUAAAGCGACGGCUACUGAAAUCAUCAACGACGAUAAAGCUGACACUACUUACAAUAAAUCAAAAGUUUCAUUGGCCGAUACACGUAAUUGGAAUAAUAACUUCGGUGCUAGUCUACUACUAGCAAAUUCACCUAUGUCACCAAAAGUAGUAAACGGGAGCUUUGCCGCAUUGUUUGAUAACGGAGACGAUUGGUCACGAAAACUUUUGAGAAGUGAAAUGAAAGACAGCUCUUCAAUGAGAAGAAGAAUUCGUGGGAUUCUGAUGUCGGGAAAACAGUUUUCUUUGGAUUCACGUAUGGAUCUAGUCCAGGGAAUGGUUCCAACUGCAUCAAAAAAGGCAAUCAUGUCGGAGUGCACUACAAAUCCUUCGGAAGAAACUUCAGAAAAUAAGAACACUGAGAGUGAUGAAAAAGAGAAGAACGGAGAACCAAAAAAUUCAAAAUCUCGUAUUUUUCGUCUUCCACAACAUGAAACCAAUCUAACUCCUUUGAUUGAAGGCAAUAACGCAGAUCUUAUAGAUUAG